AUGAAUCAAAAUACAACAGAACAUUUUGUAAGUCACGAAAAUUUUGAAAUCCAACCAGAAAUAUUAUUGGAUAAUUUUUACAGCGUAAACGCAUCCGAUGAUGGCUUUUCCACGACGACAAGAAAUAAUAAUCUAAAUAACCAACCAGUACCUUACAUAACUGCACCAAACGCAAAUAGUAAUGACGAACAGUGUUAUUAUCCUACAACCUCUUUUGCAACUGAAUCAACAUCUUAUACUCCACAAUUUAUUGGUCAUAAUUCUAACGACCAACAGAUUUUAGAACAAAACCCACCAAAUACCAUUCCUUCACGGAAUAAUCUUUCUAUUAAUUCACCUAGAUUGACUAAUAAUAUUAGCCCUUCCCAGAUUCAAACAGUUGAAAUUCUCGGUUAUGAAAUUAUUAUAAUCCCCACAUCUUCUCCGUUGGCAAGUUUAAUCAGUUUAGACGUGCAAAAUCAACUACGACGAGGCAAUACUCAUUUGGAUUAUUCUUCUUAUUCGGUUAUUCCACCACGAUUAAAUCAAGAACGGGAUUAUACCUUUGCAACAAAUAGAUUCGAUCCAACUUUGCAAUACCUUUCUCAACCGCCGCAGUCGAACCCUAGCUCUCCCCAAAUACAAACGAUUGAAAUUCCCGCGAGUUCAACCAAUUUAGACAUGCAACAUCAACUUCAGCAAGGCAAUAUUUCUUUGGAUUAUUCUUCUUAUUCGGUUAACCCACCACAAUUAAGUCGAGAACAAUAUUAUGUUUAUAGUGCAGGUGAAUCUUCUAUUGGUGAUAAUGUUAUAGACACACAUAAUUUCGUUCAAGACAAUACACAGCCCCAACAUCAACAACAAAAUAAUUUAGGAUUAAAUGAAUCGCUUAAUAACUUCAACAACUUUUUUGGUUGA